GAGGAGCUGGAAAGUGCUGACGAGAUUCAGGCCUAUGAGGCUCUAUCCAUUCUUGGCGGGCAGGAGGCAGAGGCUGGCUGGCUCUCACCUGCAGAGGCACGUCGCCUGGCACCCCGCUUCUUGCAACUGCUGGAAGACAGAUGGGAGAGGCAGCAUUUCGCACUUUCCGCUCUGGGCGAUCUUGGUCUGCGUUGGGUUCAG